AUAAAAGGUAUAAAGAAUAAUCGGAAAUUGGCGCCCAAAAAUACAGAUUCCUGAUUGUUAUGAAAACUUGAAAUCGGCCCUAAUUAAUCGGCCAUUCCGAUUAAUCGGUUGACCUCUAGCCUGGAGAAGUCACAUGACGGUGGUCAAGGUCUGUUGUCUAUACAGUAGAUAUGGUGCCUGGAGAAGUCACAUGACGGUGGUCAAGGUCUGUUGUCUAUACAGUAGAUAUGGUGCCUGGAGAAGUCACAUGACGGUGGUCAAGGUCUGUUGUCUAUACAGUAGAUAUGGUGCCUGGAGAAGUCACAUGACAGUGGUCAAGGUCUGUUGUCUAUACAGUAGAUAUGGUGCCUGGAGAAGUCACAUGACAGUGGUCAAGGUCUGUUGUCUAUACAGUAGAUACGGUGCCUGGAGAAGUCACAUGACGGUGGUCAAGGUCUGUUGCUAUAACUGUUUGUGUGUAUCAUCAUCCAUCUGCCAGUUAUAUUGAGGCUAUUACUCUGUUCUAUCUGUAACUAAGAUUGUCUUAUUAGUCAGAUGGUGAACAUGCCAAAUACACCAUUGCUUCUCUGGACAGAGUGAAGAUCUUACUGCAAGCCAACAGUCCCCACGACAAAGACCUGGGUAAGAACUGGAUAACUCUGCUGCGGUGGAAGUGUUACUGAACAUGUAAACAUGUCAGUUGGUUUGUCAGUGUCACUCAUGUGUCACCCCUCCCAUGGACAUCUGACACAGGUUUUCCUUCUUCUACCACCUGGUUGCAGCGAAAACUAAACUAUGACAUCCCUCCACACAAUUAUCUCAUGCUUAUUUCUCUCCUUCACUCUCUCUCCCCUCCCUCUCUCCUCGAGGUGUGGUAGCUACUCUCCGUGUCGUGCCAAGAGAGGAGGGUUACCUGGGGCUCUAUAAAGGCAAUGGGGCCAUGAUGGUCAGGAUAUUCCCCUACAGAGCUAUCCAGUUCAUGGCCUUUGACAAAUACAAGAAGAUCCUCAGUAAACAGCUGGGCGUCUCUGGACACAUCCACAGGCCCGUGGUCGGUGCUAUGGCAGGGAUGACAGCAGUGAUAUGUACGUACCCUCUUGACGUGAUCAGAGCCUGUCUGGCUUACCAGAUGAAAGGACACCAUCGCUACACGGGCAUCAGAAAUGCCUUCCAGACCAUAUACCUAAAGGAAGGAGGCAUCCCUGGCUUCUACAAGGGACUGAUCCCAACCCUUAUAGGCAUGACUCCAUAUGCAGGGUUCUUGUUCAUUACCUUCAGCACGUUGAGGACUUCCCAGAGAUACUGGGACGACCGUCCUCAGACAACCCAGAGGUGCUGGUGCUGUAGACCCACGUCAACUUGCUCUGUGGAAGGGGUGGCCGGAGCUGUCCACAGACCAUAUAGCUGUGGCCUUUAUCACCUAUGGGUUGAUGAAGCAAACCAUCCACCUCAACUAGCUGCUCCCUCACCAUCCAUCUCUACCCUUCAUCGUUGCAUAGCGGGACUGAGGCACGUUCACUGGGGAUAAACGUUCUGAAAGGUUUAGAAAGAUCCCUAGCAGCUGUCUAUCUCAAAACAGCCUGAACAAGAGCGUUCUCUGGGGCUAUAUGUUCUGUAAUGUUAAGGGAAUAUUGCCUAUUAGAUAUGUUAAUUUGCCCUAGUAAACGUUUUCAGUUUUAAGGAAGUCGGCUUCCAUUCGGAGGUGUUGACCCCUGCUACCAGAGGCGGCCAUUGUGGCUCAGCCACUGGAGCCGAGCCUAGUAGCUGCUUACCCCAGUCGGAAAGCAGAGGAAUGCUAGGCACUGGGCCCCAUGGCAGUGCUAAUCCAGUGCCCAUGUCUGUGUCUGCGCCUAUAAUGUUGUGCUGAAACCAUCCGCCAAACCUGUGGCUUGGCUUUGGACAACACCCUGGCAACUAUUGCCAUGGAUACCUAUAGACAAUGGCUUCCUCUGCUUCGAUGGGCAGCUAUGGGCAAUGAACCCCUAACAACACUCGUUGGUAAUGCCAUAGAAACCCAAUUAUGUACACUGCUCCCCCAUCCUACCCCACCACCCGCCCGUAAGAAGUCACCCAGCCAAUGACGGAAGGGAAAGUCACACCGGACAAUCUGGCUUAUCCAAUCGGAGGCCUUCUUUUCCUCAUGUACCUACAAAUCUAGACCCAUAAUCAAUGAGACAAGGAUUUAAAUGUGUAGUAUGUCAGUUAUAAGAGUCCAGAUUCAACUAUCGAACAUUUUAUGAGAAUUAAGAAACACUCCCCAGGCUUGUGUUGAACACAGAACUGUACUUUUUGAGCAGCCUAAGUCUAAUAGAAUCCUAAUGAUAAAAUCCCACAUCAGUUUGUUGAAAACUGAACAUAAUUAAUUUUUUAUUUUGAUACUCCCCCAAAAAGUCUUAUUGUCUGUCUGACAUCGAAACAGGUUUGCUUUCUAAUUUGUUCACCCCAUGCAGUUUAACAGAUGUGUCUCUGUAGGAGUGUUGUCUUUGGUAUUGACGUGUGUGUGUGUGUGUGUGUGUGUGUGUGUGUGUUAAAGCAUCUGUUCAGGUUUCAGUGUGUAGUGUGUCUCUUGUCUAUGGUGCAGGUUAGAUUCAGGGAAUGAGGCCGUGAUUUACUAUUGUAGCGUGCAGAAACAGUUAUGUCUCAUUCUAAUGAUGUUGUGUAUCUACCGGGAGGAUUUAGAAUUUAUAGAGAUGUGUGUCUAUGAGAGAGCAAAAUUCAACUUUUCCAAAAUGCCCAGGUUUCCCAGACAUCCCAGGUACAGGAUGGAAAUGGAACACGUUGGAAUUUUGGGAAACUUACCUACCAGAAGACUGGUGUUGACAUUGUUCCUAUAAGAGGACCAUGAACUGAUGUAUGGACUGAAUGGCGGUGGUUCUAACAUAUGUUAUAUUUGCUCCCCGUCUACAUUUCCUGUGUUCAGGUGUGUGUAGAAAGAGUUUGUCAGCUACUGAGAUCUAGACACUAGCAUAAAUAAAUACAUGUAAGAUGGUGCUAUAUAAUUUGAAGCACCCAAAUGGAAACCUGAGUUAAGCACUUCAGGAAGAAACUUGCACUUGGAAGAUGUGGAUGUCUAUUAAGGCAGCCCCCCGCACCUCUCUGAUUCAGAGGGGUUGGGUUAAAUGCGGAAGACACAUUUCAGUUGAAUGCAUUCAGUUGUACAACCUGCUAGUUAUCCCCCUUUCCUUUGGCUCUUUUGUGUUUAUUUAUGAUAGUGUAGUAUGACUCUGUCCACAAGGGGUCAGAAACGAGUCCGUAAUAUGUUUACCCACAACAACAGCCUGCCCUGGAUGUAACUGGACUUUACAUUACCAUGCUGAAUCAAAAUCAAAUAAUGUAUUGAUCACAUGCGCCAAAUACAAUAGGUGUUGGCCGUACCGUUAAAUGCUUACUUACAAGCCCUUAACCAAUAAUGCAGGGUUUUAACAAAGAAAGAGAAAAUGUGCUAAAUAAACUAAAGGAACGAUAGCCUCA